UACCUCAGUUGAACGACGAAAGGAGUAACAUUUUAAAAGUUUCAAUUUUAACUUUUCAUUGCGAAAUGGACGACAACUUAUCACGUUUUUUUGAAGAUAGGAAAUCUGUGCCAGAAGGUGCUGGUAGUACAGAACCCAAGCUGACAAGUGUGCUAUGGAAAACAAAUAUUCAGGAAAAUCCUUUAGAUAUUAAAAGUACUUCUGUGUAUAAUGAAUAUAGUUUAAUGGAUGUUAAAAGUGACCAUAUUCUAGGAUAUAGCCAAGAGGUUAAAGCAAGUGAACCAAUGACUCAAGCAACAUGUUUUUAUGAAUGUGAUAGAAAUACAAGUACCCCAUUAUCAAACUUUGAUAUAAGCACAGUGUUACAGAGAAAUGAGGUGGAUUUACCUCCUGAUCCAUUUAAGAAAUUAAAAGAUGCAAGUGAUAUCUGGGAAUCAAGUACACCAAGACAUUCAUCAUAUAUUGACCAACAUGGUAACAAUAUUCAAACAGCAAGUGAUAACACAACUAAAUUUGAUUGUUUAGAAAGUAACCAGAGUCAGAAUGACUCUGGCAUAUAUUUGGAUGUAGAUCAGAAGGAGAUACAAGGUGCGAGUAGCCUUUUAUUUUCAACACAGUCUAUAAACAAUAUUUGGGGUACACCUGGAAGUACCAGUAUUCAAGACCUUAAUAUAUCAACAACAGAUAUCCAGCCACAGGGAUAUAGUAAGACCAGUGCAACAGCAUGGGAUCACUUCCUCAGUGGUCAGCCAACAUUAAACACCAAAUAUAAUGUAGGAAGUGACAAUCACUUCUCUAAUUUGUCAAGUAGAAGUAGAUUCCAGAGCCUCCAGUCCAAUUACAAUAACUUGACAUCACCAGUCAGCAACUGUUUUCCAGUAUGCAGUCCUCAGAAUACAUUUCAGCAAUCUGGACAAGUAUUCUCACAAGAAAAUCAGCAACCAGAUUUAAUUUCACUUAUGGAGGAACUGUCUUUAAAUGAAACAUUUAAUUAUGGACAAGGAAACAACAAUUCAUGGUCUUCCCAACAUGCAAUGCAAAAACCUACCGGUUCUAUAACCUCAGUCAGGGGUUGUGUGUUUUGUAAAAACAACAAUUACCAUUCUACCUUUUAUAGGUCACAUUCAUUAAAGGAUGAUCGUGGUCAUUGCCAGUGUCCUGUACUGAGAAUGUAUGUCUGUCCUCUGUGCAAUGCUACAGGUGAUUCAGCACAUACCCUCAAAUAUUGCCCAAGGAAUACUGUAACCCAUGGAGAUCCAAUAUCAGCAGGUCUUCCACCAGGCAAAGUUACCAAUUGGAGAGAGAUGGCAAAUCGAAUGAUAAUACGACGAAGAAAUAAUCAAUAAAUAGGCUGUCAAUACCUAUGAUGUUUAUGACAUUUAUUAUUUUGAUGUAAAUUUUGUAUGGAUCUUUGAUAUUUGAUGAAAAUCAUGGAAAAUCAUUUUCUUAGACAUUGUGAACUAUUUGUGUUUCUUACUUUUAUUUUAAUUUUUAUGACUGCAGUAUGUAGUUUUCAUCUGAUUUACAUAUCUUGUACAUUUCAUUAUCAUCAUAUGUCAUAAUAUAUGUCCACAAUUUGUUUAUGUAAAUGUACUUACUUUACUCCUUAUGUAUUAAAACUUCAUACUUUUCAUAUUGAUUUUAAGGUGAACUAAAUUGGUACAGGUGAUCAUUUUAUAGAAAUUGCUAGGGAUAAAUUAUCUUUUCCAGUAAAGGAAUUUUUUUAUGGUUUGCAGAUGAUUGUAAGGACUGAUGUCAAAUUAAGAGUUUAAUCUUUUUUUGUGUGAUCUAAUUGUACUGAUUGUUAUUUGUUGCAGUUUUAUAGUGUAACUCCUGUUACAACUUAUUUGAUAGCUAUUGUUUGGACAUCACCAAAGUUUAUUCAGAAUGUAGUAAUAGAGAGUGAAAUAGUGUAUUUUAACAGGAAUUCUUUAUUUUACAGAGCUUCAUUUAUUAUCAGGUUUAUUUGACUGCUUGAGGGGGUAUCUAUGAGUGUAUAUGAAUGUAUAUUGGUCAUAAAAUUAAAGUAGCUAUAGAAAUGGAUUUAUUUGUAAGAAUAAUUCUUUAUUUUGUGUGGGAUAAAUGACAGGAGAUAUAGAGGAUUUUUUUAAGGACAGCACUUUUUAUGCAUACAUAUUCAUUUUAUUAUUUUGGUUUCUCUUAUUCAGAUGGUCUUACUUUAGUUCUCUCUCUUCUCUCUCUUCUCUUUUCUUCUCUCUCUUCUCUUCUUUUCUUUUCUUUUCUUUUC